CAACAAGAGGACCUAGAGAGAAAGAAAAAAAACGUAGCAAAAAUGGAAGCCUUCCCUCUCUGCAUGAUCAUUGCAUUGUUAUCAGUUGCUGCAUAUUUUUUCAUCACUCGUCUUGUCCACGGCGGCAAAUAUGAGAAUUGGAAGAACUCCCCGCCAGGACCUGUUGGAUGGCCGAUACUCGGAAACCUUCUUCAACUGAGCAGCAGCCAAAUGCAUGAACACUUGUUUAAGUUAUCCAAAAUUCAUGGCCCGCUCUUUAGCCUGAAAUUGGGUCCAAAGCCGGUCAUUGUGGCAGCUUCGCCGGAAAUGGCACGCAUUAUCCUCAAGGAACAGGAGGCUGUUUUCUCCAAUCAUGUCGCCAACGAAACCUCCCUAGUCAUGUCAUAUGAUGCCACCUCCCUUGUAUAUUCUCCGAUGGGUACACGAUGGAGAGUGCUCAGAAGAAUAUUGAAUGAAAAUGUCUUCUCUACUAGAGCCCUUGACAAUUUUACACCACUUCGCAAGCAAAAGGUCCAUGGAUUACUGAAGCAACUCUACUCAGCUUCUUCGUCAAAGAAUCCGGUGAACAUUGGAGAGUGGGUUUUCAUCACCGUAGCCAACAUUACAAGCAACCUUACAUGCAGUAAGAGCCUUUUUGAGUACACAACAAUGGAAGGGAGAGAAAUGAAAGAAUCAUUAAGAGAAUUAAUAAAACUUCUUGGCACGGGCAAUGUUGCUGAUUUCUUCCCAUUAUUCAAGCCUUUUGAUCCUCAAGGGCUCAAACGGAGAACGUUGGCGAUCUUUUGGAAAUAUGAUGCUUUGUAUGAGAAACUUAUCGACGAGAGGUUGAAAGAGAGGGAAAUUGGAAUCAACAAUACUACUAAGAAGGAGAAAGGGGACAUGUUAGAUGCAUUGUUGAACUAUAGAAGUGAUAAAGAUGAUGACCUGAGAACGCUUUCUAGAAACAUGAUCAAAAGCUUGCUUUCGGACAUGUUCAUUGCAAGCACGGAGACAAGCACAAGCACUGUCGAGUGGGGAAUGGCAGAGAUCCUGAAAAACCCUGAUGUACACAAGAAAAUAGUUCUGGAAUUGGACCAAGUUGUUGGAAAGGACAGGUUUGUUGAAGAAAGCGACAUUGCGAAUUUGCCUUACCUUCAAGCAGUAGUGAAAGAAGUUUUCCGACUCCACCCAGCAGUCCCACUCAUUACUCGUCGCUCAUACAAGGCUUGUGAGGUUUCUGGGUAUCAUUUUCCUAAGGAUUGCGUUGCGGUGGUGAACAUUUGGGGGAUGGCUAGAGAUCCAAGCAUUUGGGAAGAGCCUUGCAAAUUCAAACCAGAAAGGUUUAUUGGUUUGAAGAUUGAUGUGAAAGGCCAAGACUUCAAUCUACUGCCAUUUGGGUGUGGGAAAAGGAUCUGUGUAGGAUGGCCACUUGCUCAUCGCACGGUGCAAUUUUACUUGGCAGCAUUUCUCCAUGCCUUUGAGUGGGAAUGCCCUCCUGAAGUCGUGGACAAUAUGGAAGAAUUUGUUGGGAUUACAAUUCAAAAGGCCAAGAGUAUCAUCGCCAUUCCCAAACCUAGACUGUCAACUUCUGUUUACCUGUAA